AUGGUACCACCUACUUUAACAUUUCCUAGCGAAAGUUUUGAUAUAGAAAUACCAGCUGAACUUGAUACUUGGGAAUUAAAAGAUGUCAGAAAGAACUUGUGGCUCUUUUACAAAGACAAUGUAGUUAAAGUUUGGAACAAGAAACUUGAUAGAAUUUUAACAACAGAAAUUGAAAACGGAAAUAACGCAGUUCAGUUUUUAGUUGCCGAUAAUGGUUUUAUCUAUACAUUGAAUACAGAAAAAGGAAAGGCAUAUUUCUUUAACGGUGAAACCAAUAUUGACUUAGGUGUUGAUAAAGGCGUUACUUUUGAAAACAAUAAAAUGCAAAUUAGAAAUACAGCAACUCCUAUAAUUAUAUAUGACGGUGCAGAUGUUGUAACAGAAAACGGUAAACUAUAUUUAGGUGAAAUACCAUUUAAUUCUAUGUUCAGAACUUCUUUAUAUUCAUUUGCAGUUACACAAAAUGACGGUCUUCAUUUCAUUGAAAAUGCUACAUCUGAAUUACCAGGAGCAAGUUCUACUGAUGUUAACCUUGGAGAAGAUAAUUACAAUAUUAAACAGAAUAAAGCAUCAAGGGUAAAUGCCUCUGCAGGUAUACCAGAAAAAGAGUUAACAGAAAGAGGAAACAUAAAGUCUUAUAAUGAAAUUAUUGCUGACAGAUACCCUAACUUUGUUAAACAGAAUGCUAACCUUUUUGGUAAAGAUAUAAUUGAAACAAGCAAUAUAAACAAUGCAGAAGAUGUUAAAAACUUUUUAAUUGAUAAUGAAAGUAUACUCGGUCAGCUUGGUGAAGACUAUAAGUAUAAAGAUGUUGUUAUCAAUAACAAUAAAAAAGUAAUUAAUGCAUUUGUUAAGAACGGCGGUGACUUAUCUGAAAUUGGCGGACUAGAAUUAGUUAAGUUUGCUCCACAGUAUGAAAGUGAAAUUAUUGAUAACUUUUUAACUGGAAGUAAAGAUAAGUUUGAGGCAUUCAAAGAAGUAAAAGAAACUUACCCAGACUAUAAAGGUCUUGAUAAAAAAGUAAAUACAUAUGUAAAUAGUUUGUUAGAAAACAGUGGAGAUAAACUUGCAACUGCUUAUGCUAUCAAAGAAAACGCAAUUGACUUGCUUGACAAUAAAGGUGCAAUGGCAUUAAGAAACGCUUUUGCUGAAAGUAUAAAUAAUGAACUUUCUAAGAAA